ACUGUGUGCGGCUCGAUAGAACGGACCGCCUCCGUUCUAUUUUGGAACGCGUACAAGAUCACACCCAAGCUGUGCUUGUUCCUGGCCAAGCUGCGUCUUGGGAUAACGUACAGUGCCCUAGGUGCAGUAUUUAAUGUUACAGCCACAACAGCAUCAACCGUGUUAAGGCAAACGCUUGGUAUUCUGAGCAUUGCCCUGAAGAACUGCGUCUUCAUGCCUUCCCGGGAAAUAAUCAAGCUUUCUUUGCCUGACCCAUUUAAAGAAAACUAUCCUAAUUGCACCUUAAUAAUAGACUGCACAGAGAUUCGCACAGAAACACCCUCAAAUCCUGAUUGUCAGCACAUGCUGUAUUCACAUUACAAAAGAGAAUACACACUGAAGGUCUUAGUAGGCAUAAUUCCUAAUGGCAUGAUAAUUUUCUUAUCCAAGGUAUAUGGUGGACGACACACUGAUUCGUUCAUAACACAAGACUCUGGCUUCCUGCAGCUUCUCAAACCAGGGGACUUAAUUUUAAGUGACAAAGGAUUUCCAAGCAUCCGAACAACUGUAGAGGGGAGUGGUGCGGUGCUCCUCAUGCCGCCUUUUAAUUCAGGAGGCGGUCAACUGUCUGCAGAAGACAUAGAGAUUACAUACAAGAUUGCUUCUGUGCGCAUCCAUGUAGAAAGAGUAAUCCAAAGGUUGAACAUUUAUCACAUUCUAAGGAACAGAGUACCGCUAAGCCUGGUCCCACACAUGAACAAAGUCAUUUCAGUAUGUGCUGCCCUUGUAAACAUGCAGGCACCCAUAAUCAAGAAAUAAGUGCUUUGCUUUCUGUGAUGUCUACAAAUUGGUUUAUUUGCUUGCAUUAAUUUUCUACAGUUUCAAGUUAGCCUCAAAGUGACUUGACAACUGCAAUUAUGUACUGGUCAAUG